CCCAAGCAGCACUUAACCUAGCAAAGCUCGUAUUAUGAGUUCCAAGGUCAUUGCAAUGUUCUUCAUUUUCUUGAUUUGCAUGGUAAUUGCAUUGCCUCCAAUUCAAGCUUGUACACCUUGUACUCAACCACAUCCAUCAAAACCACACCCUCCACAUCAUCCAUCACAUCCAACACAACCACCUUACCACCAUCCCAAAAAUCCUCCACACCCAAACCCACCAACCACAAAACAUCCACCACAACAUAAACCCCACCCACCAUCCAAGAACCCACCAGUAGUUAUAUCCCCACCCGUAAUAACGCCUCCAGUUACUCACCCUCCUGUGACAAUCCCACCCCCUUCCUCUCACUACCCACCUUACAUUGGCAGCCCUCCUGGUGGUGGCGGCGGUGGAGGAGGUGGUGGUGGAGGAGGUGGCGGUGGUAGUGGUGGUGGUGGAGGCGGAGGUGGUGGUGGUGGUUGCGGUGGUUGCCCAGGGGGCGGAGGAAGUAGCCCGGGUGGGGGAGGAAGUGUUCCAGGGUUUAACCCUCCGCCGGCUACAUCACCAGCUACAUGUCCUAUAGAUGCGCUGAAGCUGGGGCUUUGUGUGGAUGUCCUUGGUGGUUUGGUGCAUAUUGGGUUGGGGAACCCGGUUGAGAAUGCUUGCUGUCCAGUGCUUGGAGGGUUACUUGAGCUUGAAGCCGCCAUUUGCCUUUGCACUACUAUAAGGCUUAAGCUGCUUAACCUGAACAUAUUUAUUCCUCUAGCUCUUCAAGCUUUAAUUACUUGUGGGAAGACUCCUCCUCCUGGUUUUGUAUGCCCUCCUCUCUAAUAAGUUCAUUUGUACUUUGUUGUUAACGCGGGGUUAACAUCUCAAGCGAGCUAGGUUAAUUAGAAUAUGAGUUGGUUCGUUGACUGCAGCUAAUAUUAUGGAUAUUAUUGUGUUCAUGUGA